UGCCUAGGGCAUGAAAUUUGCCAGGCACGCUCUGCAGACAACUUUGUAAUAGUUUUUUCAAUGUGUGUCUACAUCGACAACUCUUAUUUAAGUCAAACUAUGUGGUUGCCACACGUUUAAAUUUUAAUUUUCUUUCUGGCGAUAGACAUUCUGUUGGAGUUAAACCUUGAAACUCAAUACAUUCUACAUUAUUUCUGGUCAUAUAUUGUGAUAUGUGAAUAUCGUUUUUGUUGACGAAAACCUAUCAUCUUUAAAUAUUACUGAAUGCAAUAUUAUUUCAUUAAAUGUAGCAAUUUGUGUACAUUGUACUUCUCAUCUAUUGAUCAAUAAAACAUAGUAACUUUUGAUCAUUUCUUCUUGCUUUACUGCAUAACUUUUCUGUUUUCUAGUUAUACAAAGAAUCUUUGAUUUAUUUUACCGUAACAUUUUAUAUCAACUGCAACCCUAACUAAAUUGCAUAGACUUGAUUGGAAUUUAUAAGUUAAAUAAAUCUGAGUAAAGUCAACUACGGCCAUAGGAUUGCUGAUAGUAUCUGAUAAAUUCUGUCGAAGUACUGCCUGUUUCCCCCAUCCACCAAUCAUAUAGUAAGACUAAAGAAUAUAAUAAGAAGGUGACAAAAUCAUCAAAAUGUUUACGUAUCAUAAUUUAACUACACAGCUAAGAUCUCUUCAAUCUCCCCCAUCACACUUGUUAUUAACAUAUUUGUGUUGCCCCACUUCUUCAUACUCAUCGAAGAAAUAACAAAAUAUCAUCAUGAGCUCUGACAACAUAAAUAAUGAUCACGGAACCGAUCCCGACUUCUGGCAAAACGCGGCUUCUUACCAUGGCAGCAGCAAGAUUUUAAUUGUCAUCAUCCUUGUUUUCUCUAUUUUCAUCCUCGUAGUCUGCGCUUAUCAUCUAUACCCAAGAUUCGUUCUCCGCGGCGGCCGUAGAUCCACCUUCCAAGGCCACUCUCUCACCCUUGUUACUCAGCCGCCCAAACAUGGCCUCGACAUAGUUGUCAUUGAUUCUCUUCCUACAUUCGUGGUUGGAGUCAACGGUGAUCAUGACGUCUCGGCGACGACGGAAUGUGCGGUGUGUCUAGCCUUGUUGGAAGAGAAAGAUACGGCGAGGAUGUUACCGAACUGCAAACACGUUUUCCACGUGACAUGCGUUGACACAUGGCUCGCAACGCACUCCACUUGUCCCAUUUGUAGAACUGAUGUCGAGCCGAGUCAUAGACUUGAGCCUGAGCCAAGAGAAGGGCCAGUUGGUGAUGGUGCAUCUUCGUCGGAUUACAAGAGUGGCGGGUCAACGGUUGUGCGGUUAGAUUCGUUUCGGAGGAUUUUGACAAGGGAAAGAUCUUCGGACAGGAACGAUCAUUCUCGCGUUGACCAAGAUCGUGUAUUAGAUCUUGAAAGACAAUGAAUAAUAGUACUCUUGCUCACGUACGAUAUUACUUUUGUUCCUUUAUAGUUUUCUGUGCAGAGGUGUAUUUCCGUAAGCGUAGGAAGAAGAUCAAUGCCGUGGGGCUUACGGGUGAAGAAGAGUUGUUGGAAGAAGAGAAUGAGAGCAAAGCCUCGGAGGAGAAGAGAGGGUUUGAAGAGGAAUAAAAUCAGUCGAGCAAAGCCUAGGAGAGAAAGAGAGGCUUUGCGAGUCACGUAUCCUUAGUGAUACUUAUCUAUAAAUAACAAGAAUAAGAGUCAUGGGUUUUCCAUGUUUUGUGUGACGUAAGAAGUGACGUAUGUGUCCUUCAGGUGAUCGUUCGUGAUCAUCGUCGUUAUCUUCUUUACGUGUAAUCAGUCUCGUACUUGGAUCGGAGAAAGUAAUAGAAAUGUAUUAUUCAGUAAAUGUUGAGUGAUACAUAGAGUGGUGUGAGUACAAGGUUACGAUCUCGUACUUAACAAAUUGGUGCGUUUGUGACUCGAUCGAAAGCUCGCUGUGUCACCCAUGGCGGAUUCAAAUCCUUUCUC